AUGACCGUGAGGGAGUCACCCGACCAACAGCGCAUUCGACUCAUCCGCCAAUUCCUCGAUCUGGAUGAAAUUCCCCAGGAAUGGCUUCCCACCCAUGAGGGUGGGCCAUUGCCGCGCACGCCCACAGAAGAGGAGGUCAACGCUAUUCUUCGUCCGUGGCGACCGGCUGAUCUGCGCCGGAGAGCGUGGCACAUAUACACGAAUGUUACCGAGGAACCGAUCUUCCUCCGAGCACACUAUAACCCGGAAGAUGACGAGAAAAUGGAGCAUUGGGCUUGCGUCUCCGAAGAAUUUGCCGAUCAGGCUUGCGAGGCAAAACAAAAUGAACCUGAGUUUUGGAAGAAGGAUCCGCAUUGUUUUAUUGAGUCUAAGGCAGCUGGACUUCUCCGCGCAGUGACAGCAAGGUAUUUUCUUCUUGCGGAUCAAGAGGCCUUUGAGACAAAUGGACGUUUGCGCCUGGUGUACCUGGAUAAUCAGCGGAAUAUUGUCCGGGAGACACGGGUUGACGCUGAUGAGCAGACUAUUACUGAUGUUAUUAUGGCUUGGUUUGAACUGACUGACCCUCCUGAGCUGGAGGAUGGCAUCACUGGCGAUAGAUACCGGGUUACUGGUGAUUUGGGCAGAGAGUUAUAUCAACUGACAGAAGCUGAUUUGGCAGAUCCUUAG